CCAGGGGCUCCAGGGAGCUCCACCGUAGAGCCAGGACUGAAGAGGCUCUCCUUUGCAUACCAGAGCCUCCUGGAGAUUCCUUAUGAUAUCAUUCUCAAACAGCGGGACACCCUAGAGGUCCUGGACCUCAGUUAUAACCUGCUGGACGACCAUUAACGGAGCCCAGCUCUUUUGGUGGAGCUGGACAAGCUGAGCACUCUCAUCCUGGAUGGCAACAACUACAGCACUCAUGUCAAAUUCCCCUACAUGCCAAGUCUCACUACACUGUGGAUCAACAAGAACAAAAUAAGCAACCUUCCCAUCAUAGUUGACGAGAUACGCGGCAAGUUCCCCAAUAUCAAGAUACUUAGUAUGAUGAACAAUGAGGCAGCACCCAGUUACUUUAAUGGAGGCAGUCUGACUCAGUACAUUGAUUACAGGCUAUAUGUUAUCAGUCAGAUCCCCAGUCUGGAGGUGCUGGAUGACACAGAGGUGCAGGAGAAAGAGAGAGCACAGGCCAGGAAGACAUACAGGAUGCAGAAGAGCAGAGUUGGCAGUAAAAGAAGGAAGGCGUUCCAUCAUUGAUGGUUUCUUCAUCCAUCUGAUGUCACUCAGUUCUACGCCAAGCUUGACCGGUUCCUUUACUGUUGCCAAGCACUACCCAUGCAGAUAAACGUCAACUAACUGACAGCUGCAUCGUGUUGAUAUGAACUGACAGGAAAUCCAGACUGAUACAAAUACAUGAUAAUUGUUGUUUUUACACUUGUAUCAACUUUCUUUUUCUUUUUUUUUUACUGAAUGUUGAACAAUAUGAACGAGUACUAUAUGAAGUUGGACGUCGGGUUCCCUGGUGAAAAAACAAACAAACAAACAGUAGAAACCCUCAUGGUUAUAAUGAGAAUUGUAUUGGUUUUAAUGGGAACUGUAAUGGUCCCUGUGGGUCUCUAUUGGUAAUUUGUUGCCUUCUACUGGUGGCAUGUGUAGUGUAUACCAAUAAGGACCAAUAAUGGUAAUAGUUUUAAUGGUUAGCUGAUGGUUUGGUAAUGCUAUUUGUAGUGGAAACCAUUAGAAUUUCUGUGAGGUUUCUAUUGUUUUUUUUCAGCAUUGUUGUCUAUGAAUAUUAUACACGUUUCAAGAUAAGCUAUAGGCCUAUUGCUCUUUUGUUCAUUCAAAAUAUUUUAAGCAAUAGCCUACUCUUUAGUAUUUUUGUCUUGUAGAGCACAGUAAAAAAAAAAAGAUGAAGAAAUAAGACGAAUGAAAUAGAACUAUUAUAUUACUUAUUAGUCUGGCUGCUUUUUCUGCACGUAUUGAUUCUUUCAUUAAAUAAGCAGUUUUUUUUUCUUGUGCAGUAUAACUUUGAAUUGCUUCCUGCUACCCAAAACAGGAGUGGAACAGCUGGAGAGCUGUGUUUGUU